AAGAGCUCCGUACGAGAAUGGCGCCAAAUUCCCCUUUUAUCAACUUCCCCAAUUCGACCGUACACUCCUCUCAAGUCCCAAUCACUCUUGAGUCUUGGCUUCCAAUGGCCUCUCGCGCCGCGCCACCGCCCCUCCCCCGCCGUCCGCCGCCGCGCGUCCUCCUCCUCCGGCACCCCCACCACUUCUCCCUCCUGGACCGCCCCCUCCCCGACGGCUUCCGCUUCCUCAAGCCGUGGGAAUCGCCGCUCCCCCUCGACGGCUUCCUCUCCUCCGCCGACGCCCGCUCCGCCGAGGCGAUCCUCACCUCCGCCAGGGCUCCCGUCAACGCCGACUUGCUCCGGCGGCUCCCCGAGGUCCGCCUCGUCAUCAGCACCAGCGCGGGCCACAACCACAUCGACCUGGCCGAGUGCCGGCGGCGGGGGAUCGCGGUCGCCGGGGCGGGGGACACGAAGUCGGAGGAAGUGGCGGACUUGGCGGUCGGGCUGCUGAUCGACGUGCUGCGGAAGGUCUCGGCGAGCGACCGGUACGUGAGGCGCGGAUUGUGGAGUAGCGAGGGAGAAUUUGCCCUCGGAUCGAAGCUGGGAGGCAAGAGAGUUGGAAUUGUCGGAUUGGGAAGGAUUGGCUUGGAAGUUGCUAAGAGGCUUGAGGCCUUUGGAUGCGCCGUUUCAUAUAACUCAAGGAAGAAGAAGCCAUAUGUUUCGUACCCCUUCUAUUCCAAUGUCCAUGAGCUCACCACUAACUGCAAUGUCCUUGUAAUCUGUUGUGGCCUGAAUGAGCAAACUCAUCACAUGAUCAAUAGGGAAGUACUAUUAGCUUUGGGGAAGGAAGGCGUGAUUGUUAACAUUGGGCGUGGACCAAUUAUUGAUGAAAAGGAAAUGGUGCAACUUCUAGUCCAGGGAGAGCUUGGAGGCGCCGGCUUAGACGUGUUUGAGAAGGAGCCUUAUGUUCCUGAGGAGCUCCUUGGUCUUGAUAAUGUUGUACUGUCCCCGCAUGCAGCUGUUCUUACCCCAGAAACCGUAUCAAAUUUAUGUGAUCUCAUCGUCGGGAACUUGGAAGCUUUCUUUUCAAAUAAGCCCUUGCUUUCCCCCUUGUUGGAUGAGUGAACCAACUGCUCCGCCGGUCUAUAUUGGGCUUCUGUUACCACUACUGAAGUCGAUUCAGUCAGCUUUACCCAAAGCAGUCUUUCUACACAUUGGUCUCAAUACACGUGCCUUGAUAGCAUCCGUUUUGCAUCACUACGAGCCGUGCUUGGUGCAGCUAACCCACUAUCUGUGGCCACUUGACUGUUGAUUAUAUUCCUCCCUGUGAUGGUUUCGUCUCAUCUGUUGUAUUUGUUAAUCCUUUCCACAAUAGGCAAAAGCCAACUGAUUGUACGAUAGUCUGUCAGGUGCUACGAAGAAGCCGAGGACGGAAAGAGAUAAUGAGUGAUGAUACUGGUAGGCCUUGUUUCGCCUGUCACAUUUGUCAUUGGGUGUGAGACUCUAGAAUGGGCUCAUGUCGAUUGAUUACUGAAGACUUCUCCAUGAAAAUGUAGACGGUAUCAUAAGAUCCUGUGUCGUGUUUCGUAGCUCUGGGUCUGAUCUUGAUGUUUUGGAACUUCUUUAUCAUUAAGUUUUCUUUUGAGGGUUAGCAGAUUGGCACAAAAGUGGUGCCUGCUUUUCUUGUAGUUGCAAUGCUCGGUGCAGCUUUGAUGGA